CAAAAGUCGCCGAUCCUGAUUCAGAAUGCGAACGGUCCAUGUCCGCUCAUGGCCCUCGUCAAUGCGCUGACAUUGUCGACUCCUGUGGGCGCGGAAGACGCUGUUUUGGUGAAUACCCUGAAGACCAGGGAACAGAUCAGCCUCGACCUGCUUCUCAAUGCGGUCUUCGAUGAGCUCAUGUCUGAGAGGAGGAUGACUCCGGAUGUGUCGCUGCCUGAUGUGACGGAACUGUAUGACUUCUUGAAAGGGCUGCAUACCGGCAUGAAUGUUAACCCUCGAGACAAUAUGAUACCUGGCACCUUUGAAGACACGAGGGAGAUGGCAUUCUACAGGACGUUCAAGAUACCCCUGAUUCAUGGCUGGCUGCCUUCGAAAGAUGACCCAGCUUACGACGCAUUCAAGAGGCAGGCAGAGUCGUACGAAGAUGCGCAGAACAUCCUGUUCAGGGAGGAAGAGCUGGAAGACAAGCUCAGCAAUCCCAACGGCGACGGUCUGUCAGCAGAGGAACAACGCAUAUACCAGGAUGUUCUGACCAUCAAGUCCUUUCUAUACUCGGCCGCAACGCAGCUGACGCCGUUCGGCCUCGAUGUCAUCACGAAGGCCAUGCGGCCUGGCUCUGUGGCCAUCCUGUUCAGAAAUGACCACUUCUCCACUCUCUACCGGCACCCAGAGACCCUUCAGAUAUUCGCUCUCGUCACCGAUGCGGGUUACGCAGGACAUCAGGAGGUUGUCUGGGAGUCACUCGUUGACGUGAACGGCGAACGGUCUGAAUUCUUCUCGGGCGACUUUAGAGUCGUUGGAGGACCGUCCCAGGCCGAGCAGUUCGCGGCGGCAGGGAGCCCUUCUGCAUCCCACGGUCAACAGGAAUGGACAACGGUUCAGGGAAAGAAAGGCAAGGGUAAGAACCAGGCGGAAGAACCACCCCUUUCGCCCAAGGAACAGGAAGACCACGACCUUGCGCUUGCCCUCCAGCUGCAAGAGGAAGAAGACCAGCGCCAUCGUUCAGAGCAAGCCGAGCGACGC